AUGUCCAAGGCCAUCGGUGGCCAGCCGAACGGCCUCAGUUCGAAACCAAACUUUUACGAUGGAGCCAUGCUGGCAAAUGAUGCUGAGUUUUACCUAUACGGCGGCGUGUACACGAAAAACCCAGAGCUGUACAUCAACCCUGCCGCAGACUCCGUUCUCAAGUACCAGGCAUACCAGACUUAUAUGCCUACCGACGACAAGCCCCGUUUCCACCAGGGUUUCCAGGACGCACAUCUCGAUGACGGCGUCACUCGAUACAUUUCCUACGGCGCGGCCGCGAAUGCCCCCUCUGAAAAUAAAGCAUGGUACUUCUCAGGCAUGACAUCGGCAACCCAUGGGCCGCUGUAUUGGGCUGGUGGCAACGCGUCCGAAAGGGCCGUGAACAUGUCCAACACGCUUAUUACUUUGGACAUGAGUACGCAAAUGAGAGAGAAAUGGAGCAAUUCAACACUUCCGGUCGAUAUUAAGGCGAGAUCCGCCGCUGAAAUCGUUUGGGUUCCCGUUGGCAAGCAAGGAAUUCUUGUAGUCCUGGGUGGUGUGACAUUCCCCGAGUGGGCAACUGUUGGCCACGAGUCAGAGAAUGCCAAAGCAGGCACGGGGAAGAAAGAGGAUGGCGACGAGUUCAUGCGUGUCGUGGACAUAUAUGACGUCGCCAGCGGUAAGUGGUACAGGCAACCGACAAAGCAGAGUCCAGGAGGGCGCGCAAGAGGUUGUGCCGUCGUAGCCGUCGCCUUGGAUCGUUCGAGCUUCAACAUUUAUUAUUAUGGUGGUUUCGAUGGGGUUUUGCCAAAGGAAGACUUUUAUGAUGACGUCUGGGUUCUCUCCAUGCCUUCCUUUACCUGGACGCAAAUCAACAACGGCACGACGCUGCAUGCCCGAUCAGGACACAAGUGUUUCAUGCCGUAUCCGGACCAGAUGAUGGCGUUUGGUGGCUACGCCGCCGAGGCGGGAGCGAUCCCCUCCUGCUUAGACAAGGGGCCGGUUGUCAUCUUCAACCUGACAAGUGGCGAAUGGAUGGACUCGUACGAUCCCUUGAAGCACGGUCAGUAUGGUGUCCACCAGAAGGUGCAGUCCGUCAUCGGAGGUGGUUCCACGGGCGGCGCGACCUUGACGACGCCGGUGCCUUCGGGAUGGGCCACGAGUGCGCUUGCCGACGUGUUUGAGGAGAAAUAUGACAUGAAGAAGAUGACGACACACUGGCCAUACGUCGCCGCCACGUCCACCGGACGGCCUGCACUUGUUAGUGGUAGGAGAGGGGGGGCGGGCGAUGACAAGAACUCAGUCAUCAUCCCAGCCGUGGUCGUGCCCACCGUUUUUCUCCUCGGUGUCGGCCUCAUCGCCUGGCUCUGUCUCGUGCGGAAGCGGAGGAGGUCGGACGAAACUACGUCACAUGGCUCCAGCCCAGAUGAUGCUACAUUGCACAUUCGAUCUUGGAUUACGGGUCAGCAUGCCAAGAAGCCAUCGACGGUGACGAGUUCAGAGGCUAUCAUCCCAAGUCCAGACCUGGCCAAGGCCGAUCCAGAUGUUGCCAUCUCCCCCGAGGCACCCGUUCAACAGCACGAGAUGGCGGAUACGCAAGUUGUGGAGUUAGGAGGUGAUUCCCUCUCCAUUCCUUUCAUUCCUUCCCCUUCCCUUUCCGCUCUCUUGCUUUUUUUCUCCAUAUCGAUACUUGUCACACACAACCUAACGAGCACCCAACUGCAGACACAUCACCACCAGCCGAGCUCCACGAUACGGGACUUUCGUCUUUAG